AUGUAUAUUCUUAAUAUAAAUGAUGAAUAUAAUUUACAAAAUGAAUUCAUUAAAAUUAGAAAAUUAUUUUUAAAUUUAUUUACUUUCGAGUUAUAUUUUGUAGAAAGUUUAAAAUUAAAAAAUAUUUAUUUGGAAUUACUGAAAAAUGGAAAUAAUCCAAAGUCAAUUAAAGAAUCCAAAAAAAUCAAGGGAAUUUACAAUAUAUACCAAAAUGAAUGUUGUGUAAAAAAAAAUGAUCAUUUAAUUGAAUUAAACAAAAAUUUAUGUUUCAUAGAAAAAGAGAUAUUAAAUAGAUUUUUUUAUAAUAUAACUAUUAAAAAUUCAAAUUGCAUAAUAAAUGAUAAAUUUACUUAUCUUUAUAAAUUAUUUAGAAAUUUUUAUUUUCUUUUAAACAAAAAAAAAGGAAAUUUUUAUAAACAGAAUGGAUUUUUUUUGUGUACUUAUUAUAUUAAAAAAUUUAGUUUAAUUCUAAAUUAUCUUAUAAAUGAUAAUAAGAAAAACAUCUAUUUUCAAUACAUAAAAAAACAAUUACAAAAAUACUCAACUAUAAAAGAAAAGAGAAAAAAAAAAAAAAAAAAAAAUGGGCAUUAUAUAUAUGUAUAUGUAGCUACUAGCACUUAUAAAAAUGAUAAGAAGAAUAGUUCUAAAAUAAAUAAUAUAAUUAUCACUUAUUAUGAUCAUAAAAUGAGUUCAUAUAAUUAUAGUAUUGAUAGAAAAAGAAAUAACUAUCAUAAUUUAAGUUUGCAUUUUAUUUAUAAAAAUAAUAAAUUAAAAAUUGAUAUAAAUAAGGUAACAUACGUUAUUGAAAAAGCUAUUUAUAAUGAUUUUUACUUUAAUAUAUUAAACUGUAUUUUUUAUUCUCUAAUAAAUAAAAGUAUACAUUCUAUUUCUAAUUUAAUAUAUUCUUCAUACACUUGUGAAAAUACUCAGAACAAUGAGGAAAAUAAAAUAAUAUGUAAUAACAAGGCCCUUUCAAAUAAUUGUUUCUUACCUAUUAAAAUACUUUUUAGUUCUUUUAAUAUAUAUCAAAAAUAUUUAAAAAGUGAAUUAUUUGUUGAUGAAUUAUUUCUAUUUAAACAUAUCAGAAUUUUAUUAAAGGAAAACAUAAAAAAGCUUUUGUUUCUGACUACAGUGAAUAUUAAUAGAUUAUAUAUUAAUUUAUCCUUUAAAUAUUUAUUUAAUUUAUUUCUUUUUUAUUUUACUUUUUUAGAUAUAAAUUUUUAUUGUUCUAUUUCUUUAGUAUGCCAUGAAAAUAAUUUAACAACUGAAGAAAAAAAAAUGUAUAUGACAAAAGACAAAAAUAAUAAAAAUUGUUGUAAAAAAAAUUAUGAAAAAUAUGAUAAAAAAGAUAAUUAUGAAAGAGAAACUUAUAAUAAUAAUAGUAAUAAAAUUGAGUUAUAUAUUAACAAACUUAGUGAUUAUGAUAGAAUUCAUUUGUUUAAUAUUAGUAAUAAUUUAAGUUAUAUGGAGAGUGAAACAAAUGACAAUAAAAAUAUAAAAGAAUUUCAUAAAAAUAAGAUAAAUAAUAGUAAUUUAACUUAUACAAAAAUAUGUAUUCAAAAUGACAUUAAUAAUAAUUAUAAUGAUAACAAUAAUAAUAAUUUAAUUAAAAAAAGAAAUAUGGAAGAUUUUUAUACUUUAUGUUUUUUUUGUUCUUAUAAUAAAUUGAAAAAAGAAAAUAUAAGUGUAAUAGAAAAAAAAAAAUAUUUUAUAUUUAUUAUCAUAUAUAUUCUACAAUAUAACUAUAUAACUACUAUUAAAUGUCAUGACUCUUUUUUAAGUUAUAUUUUUAAUAGUUUUGUUAAAAAUUUUUUUUAUUUUAAAAAUUUCGAUCUUUCAUAUGAAUUUAUUAAUAAAAAAUUAAAAGAUAAAAGUGAUCAUUCACAUGUGAAUUGUUACCAUAAAAAUGAAGACAAAAUUGAAAAGAACUUUAAUCAUUUCUUUAAAAAGGUGAAUAAAAAAGAUAUAUAUUUAAAAUAUAUUUAUAAUAUUAUAAAUGCAGAAGAUUUAUCUCUUUAUAAUUCACACAAAAAGAGAAAAUAUUCAAAUUUAGAAAUAAAUGAAUCAAAUAUUCAAAACAAUAAAUCUAUUAGUAAAAAUCCUAAGAAAGAGAAUCAUAUACCAAAUACUAAAUAUAUUUCUUCAUCUAAAAAUAAAGCAAAUAAAAAUUUAUCUUAUAAUAUUAGUGAAAUUACUUAUACAAAUUAUAUAAAUAAUUUUGAUUAUUUAACUUCUCUGAAUUAUGAUAAUAAAACAAUAGAGAAUGUUGAUAUAAACAAUAAGAUGCUGUUUAAAAAAAAUUUAAAUAAAGAAAAUGAUUUACAUGAAAAUCCAUACUCUUUCAAAAAAGAAAAGAAAAGAAAAAAUAUAAGUAUUGUAACAGAAAACAAUGGAUACAAUAAUAAUUUAUAUUAUUAUAUUAAUGAGAAAAUGAAAAUAUUUUUUGAAAAUUUAAAAAUUUUAUUAUUCCCUUUGCUAGAGAAGUUGUAUAACAAAAGUAUUUUAUAUAUAAACCUACAUAUUUAUUUAUUUAUGAUACAUUCCUUCUUUUUAUUAAAGAAAAUGAAAAAAGAAAACAUUGUGAAAAUGGAAGAGGUUGCAUUAACCAAAAAAAGGAAAACAUAUGUAUGCAAGAAAAAAAAUAUCAGUUUAUGUAAAAAAAAUCAUGUUUAUAAAGAAAAACAGAAAAAAAUUUUAAAUAAUAUUAUUAAAGAGUUGUCUAUUUAUAAAUAUUACGAUUUUUUAAAUCUCCUAUAUAGCAAUAAUAAUAUCAUUUUAAAAAAAAUAAAAAAUAAAAAAAUUUUUUUUUAUCUAAAAGAAAAUUUAGAAAACUUUAGUAAGUGGCAUAUACGAUUAAUUUAUAAGAUAGAAAAUUUUAUAAAUACAUAUAAGUAUAAAUACAAAGAAAUUCUUGAAAGAAAAUUUUUUCUAUUAAAAGAUAACGAAGUUAAUAAUAAAAAAUAUAAAAAAAUAUUCGCAAUUAAUUAUAUAUUUUAUUUAAAAAAAGGAAAAAACAUUUCAAUGGAAAACAGAAAAAAUAGAUUAUUAAAAAAAAGACAACAUUUCAUAAAAAUAAAUAAAGAUAACUGCUUAGAAAAAUAUAUAAACAUAUUACACAAAAGCAUAGGAAUAUUUCACAAUAUUUAUAUAAAUAUUAAUGAAGAUGAUUUUUAUGUUCAAACUAAAAAAGAUUUUAUUAUUUUUAAUCUAAAAAGUAAAAUGUAUAAUCAUGAUAUUCGUAAUAUUUAUUAUGAAUUUAAAGGAAAAAGAUAUUAUGUUUUUGAUAAUUUAUAUACUUUAAAAAAAACAUAUAAAAUACAUUAUAUUAAUUUAUGCUUGUUAUUUUAUAGAUAUUGCUUUUUUUUUUAUAAUUAUAAUCCCCUUAUUUUUUCUUUUUUAUUUAAUAAUAUAUAUUGUAUUUGUAUAAGAUGCCUAAAUAAAUAUUUAGUUAUAAAAUGCUAUACAAAAAAUAAAAUUGAAAAAGAAGAUCAUGAUUGUUUUUACAAACAAAAUGGAAUUCUAAUAAAAAAUAGGGAUCAAAUUUUUAUAAGAACUUUUUAUUAUUUGGUUUUUUUUUUAAUUAUACGUUAUCAAACGUUUAUAGGAAAUACUAAUCACUCUGGCUCUCAUAAUUGUGUACCUAAAAGAAUAAUGAAUAUUUUAGCAAAAGAAUUAGAAAUAAAACGAGAAUGUUUUUCUUCUCCAUUUAAUGCUGUUUUAAAAAAUUAUUGUUCUUUUUUUAGUGAUAUUGAUAUAUUUUUUGGUAGUUCGAGUAACUUCUUUGAAUUUAAUUUACAAAGUGGAUCAUAUGAAGUCAAUCCUCCUUUUGAUAUUUUUUUAAUUAACAAAUUGAUAAUAUAUAUUUUACAUAACUUAAAAAAAGAAUUAUAUGAAUUGACUUUUUUUUUAAUCAUUCCUUUAAUUAAAGAUAAAAACUAUUUUUAUGAAUUAUUAUUUUCUUCUCCUUAUAUAUCCUAUUACUUCUUCUUAAAAGGAAAUUCAUAUACUUUUUCAACUAGGCUUUUUGACAAAAGAGAAAAAGAAUAUACCUCAACUUGUGACUGUUUUGUAUUUAUUUUACAAAAUAAAAAAGCUAGAAUUCAAAAAAAAAUUCAAAAGAAAGUUGUAUUAAAAAUAAAAAAUUUAUGGAAAACUUAG